AUGGAUUAUCCAGGAAAGGUUAAGUUACCUCCUCGUCCAAACACUAGUACAUCUUGCAAUAGCUUUAGUAAUAGUUCUUCGCCAAGUUAUAGUUUAGCGGAUCCUAGUGGUGGUGGACUUAGCAUCACAAAUGGGGUUAACGGUGGCGGGUUUCCACCAUCGCUCUCGAACGUAAACAUGAGAUUUGGAAACUGUAUGUGCUGCAAUAGUACCUUGCGAUUUCCAAUCUCAGUAUCAUGCUUUCGAUGUACCGUUUGUCAAACCAUCAACGACUUGAAGCCUUCCAAACAAAGUAUACAAAGACCGGAACCUAUUAUUCCGUUAACGUUAGAUAGGGUACGGUCAAUUAUUAAUACCUGUCAAAUUAAUAGUAAUGGAAUACGGCCUCCAAGCUUUGACAUGUUAGAGCAAGAAAUACAAAGAACUUUCUCUAAUUGGUAUAUUUUGAAUGAAAGUUUUAGCAAUGGUCGUCAAGUCACAUUGGAAGAUUGUGGUGUCGCUUUGGAUCAAGUUAGAGAAACGUAUAAAAUUAUGUUAGAAUUGCCCGUAAGUGUUAUAAGAUCAAUGAUGAAAUCAGUUGAGAAUAUAUUGAAACGUCCUGGAAGAAUGUUAAAACGUCGAGAGGACAUAAAAUUUUUAAUGAUAAUUCUCGAAAACCCGCUUCUUGCACAACAUAAUUUCCCUCAAGAAUCCCAGUAUCAUCAUAAUAUUGUAAAAAGGAUAUUUGGAUUGCUCUCUAAUUUAAGCAAUGAACUUCAUCAUUACUUAGUUAACUGGUUCACACGAUUAUCUACUACAAUCUUUCGAAAACGUGUAGAAUUAGUUAAUUCUUUUAUUACUUUUCGAUUAUCCAAGUUAUCCAAGCAACGCAAUAAGACGAGUCCCGAAGAUUACGAAUCGGACUGGAGAAUUAGUUCUGCGGCACGAGUUAUGGCUUUGUUGUUUGCAGCGAAUAAACAGCAAAUUAAAGUUCCAUUAUCAGAUUUUUAUAAUACCAUGGUGGAUUACAUCGAAUUAAUAGAAGAUUUUGACAGAUGGGAACAGCGGCAAGGAAAAUUUGCAUUCUGUCAGUAUCCAUUCUUAAUAAGUAUGGGAGGAAAGAUGAACAUUAUGGAAUUCGACGCAAAACGACAAAUGGAAACGAAAGCAAAAGAAGCUUUCUUUACGAUACUUUUUCAAAGACGCGUCACGACAACAGUUUUGAUAUUAAAGAUUAGGAGAGACUACUUAAUUGAGGACUCAUUGAGACAAAUUUCAGCUAAUGAAAUGGAUCUGAAAAAAUCAUUGAGGAUAGAAUUUGUUGGCGAAGAUGGUGUUGAUGGUGGUGGUCUUAGAAAAGAGUGGUUUUUAUUGUUAGUACGACAUUUAUUUGAUCCACAGUUUGGCAUGUUCACAUGGGAUGAGGAUUCUAAGUUAUGCUGGUUCAAUCCUGCAAGUUUUGAAACAAGUGAUCAAUAUUAUUUAGUUGGGGUUGUUAUCGGGCUUGCAAUUUAUAAUUCUACCAUAUUGGAUGUGCAUCUUCCAUUGGCAUGUUAUAAGAAAUUGUUUAAUAUGCCUGUUGAUUUAGAAGAUUUAGCAGUUUUUCGACCGGCUUUUGCAAGAGGAUUACGUCAACUCCUUACAUUUGAAGGAGAUGUCGAAUCUAUAUUUUGCCGUGAUUUUGUUGGAGAAUAUGAAGCGUUUGGUGAAUUACAAAGGAUACCUCUUGUUCCUGAUGGUCAGAACCUACCUGUAACAAAUGCUAAUAGGGAAGAAUAUGUUGACAGAUACGUAAAUUUUGUACUCAAUGAGUCUAUUGCAAAACAAUUUGAACCAUUUAAGCGUGGAUUUAAUAAUGUUUGUGGUGGUAAUGCUUUGUCUCUCUUUCAACCUGAAGAAAUCGAACUUUUGGUUCGAGGCGGUGAAGAACCGAUAGAAAUUGAGCAGUUACAAGCCGUAACUGUAUAUGAAAACUUCAACGAAGAUGAAGAUACAAUUAUAAACUUUUGGUCAAUAUUUAGAGAUAUGGAUCCUCCAAUGCAAAGAAAAAUGUUGACAUUUGUAACAGGAACUGAUCGAAUUCCAGCGACGGGAUUGACAAACUUGGCAUUUAAAAUUUCAUGUAUUGGAGAGGAUAGUGAUAGGUUCCCAACUGCACACACGUGUUUUAAUCAACUUUGCCUAUAUCGAUAUCGUUCCCGAAAGAAACUGGAAGAUAAAUUAAAAAGGUCUAUAACGGACAGUGAAGGGUUUUGGUUGAAAUAA